AUGAAUGGCGAGGCCGCUAAAUCCGCGAACCAGCGGUUGGCGCCUGUCUCCCGGAAUGACGCUCUACAAGGGGCCACGCUCGCCUUUCAAAAUUCCCGAGAUUCAGCGCCCGGUGUGAAGAGCAAUUCUGCGACUACUGCAGCCGCAAUGGCAAGCGAUCGCCAACCGCUCGGUCGCCAGCGGACUGGAUCCGACGUCGGGCCAGAAGUGGGCUCCGUAAAAGAUAAGAUCGGGAGACUGACAGCUCGGCCACUGUCGCCCACCAAUGCACCAAAUGUCCGGGGUCGAAGCUCGGCCUCGGCUCUAUCCGUGGCCCUCUCGUCGGCCCCAGAGGUUGCGGCACGGCUCGCUGCAUCAAGAUCUCCUGCGCGAGAAAUCGUAGCCCCCUCAUCAUCGACAGCCAGACUUGGCGCAGUACGAAGUGCAAGUCGGGCACCACCCCCACCAGAAAAGCGACAGCUACCGUCCCCUGCUCCGGUCCGCCCGACUCAGGGGAGAUAUAGUCCCUUGGACCGCAUGCUGCAAGAGCAUGAAUUUGCAUCUGAUUCAAAUCUGCCUACAUUCGGGCGCUCUCCAUCCCAACAUUCCCGCGCAACUACAGAGAAUCACGAUAGUCGAGCACCAAGCCUUCACCCCACCGUGGGGUCUCGGCAGUCUUCUGUGCCACCAGAUCAAUCGAAACCAAGGCUCCCUCCACGAGCGCCUCCAUCACGCGGCUCUAGCAGAACCAGUGGACCCGUUGGGACACCUCUGCGAUCAUCCUCCAGGGCGAUAUCUAUAGCAGGCCAGUCCAUCCGAUCCAAUGGAACCAGUACCUCCAACCUCACAGAUGACUCCACCGGCAUGAGUGAGGAAGCCCUGUCCAAUGCCAUUGUUGCCUCAUCCCUGGCCUCAGCACGAGCAUCCCCCUCGAUCAAAGUUCCCCCACCGCUGCCUCCCCAGCGACGGCGGGCACGGUCCAUCUUACAUCUUGCUCACUCGCCCAAGAGUGAUCUAUCUCGGACGCCAAGCCCGCCGAAGGGUAUGCCGCACACACUCCGCGGCAUGCCGAAAGAACACGAUGCCGAUCAUCGAAAACGCCGAAACCCUCUAAACAAACACCCUCAUAAGCACAACGAGGGCAAUCGCAAGCACUGGCGGCGCGAAGUUACCGAGAAGGAACGCAAACGAUAUGAAGGCGUGUGGGCCUCGAAUAAAGGGCUUCUCAUCCCUUUCGGCAUUCAAAAUGAAAGAACCUUAAAAUGGCCCUCGAAUGCUUCGGAUAUGGUCCUUAACCUAGUGGUGCGGGAGAUCUGGUCCCGCAGCCGGCUGCCGGAAGUUGUCCUGCAGCAAGUGUGGGAUCUAGUGGACCACCAAAAUAUUGGGCUCUUGUCGCGUGAGGAAUUCGUGGUUGGAAUGUGGUUGAUCGACCAGACGUUGUCGGGACAUAAGCUCCCCGUGAAGGUCCCCGACAGUGUCUGGGAGAGUGUGAGGCAUGUCGCGGGGAUUAAGCUCCCCCUCGCAGAAAAGGCCAAGGGCCCCAAGGCCCACAAGUAG